UCUCUCUCGCAGUUUGGGAUCGAGGCAUCGAGCUUUUCUUCCUCCCGUAAAAUCUCCCAAUCGACCGCCGCUGGGAGAGAGCAGUCGCGCCGGAGCCGGAGGACUUCUCUGCGCCGCCAUCACCACUGUCCACCGUGGCGGGUAGGGGAGGGGUACGUGGCGUCUACUGUAGGCCGCCGUCGGUGCUGGGAGCCAUCUCCGCUGGUGCUCUGGGGCCGGGGCCUCCUGAGCCUUUGCUGGGCGCUGGAGGAGCGACGCCGGGGCCCCCUCCGGCCGGGAAAGUUUGCGCCAAGAUCAGGAUCUGCAGCCGUGGAGUCGAGCCGCCACGCCUUGGUGAGGGACCGAGGGGAUGGAUUCCCCCAUGGCGGAGAAGGCGACGAAACCAGAGGAGGAAGAUAGGUUGAGCGUGCUGCCAGAUGAUGUUUUACUGUCUAUCCUGCGGAAAGUCGACAUAAGCACGGCCGCACGAACAAGUUCACUGUCAACACGGUGGAGGCAGCUGCCCUGGCUGCUGCCUGAGCUCAACAUUGAUGUCAGCUGUUUCCUACCUGCUCCACGCUCAGACCCGAUUGAGGCAAAUGACAUGCAGGAAGCUAUGGUGGCUCUAACCAAAGCAACCAGGAGUUUAUUGUCUAAGCCUCAUAGAGGAUCCACCACCACGAGGCUGGACCUUGUGAUCUACUUGAUCAAUACUUUCUUGUCUGACCUUGGCCCACUGGUGGGUGACGCAGUCGAUUGUGGUUUGUUAAAAGAUUUGGAUCUCACCAUUCAUGACGGGACAGAUGCUCUUGACCGUAAUGAAGAGUAUAUGCUUCAGCGAGCGCAGGAUAUAUAUGGGUUUUUCACUGCCUACCCUAGUGUGCUCCAUUGCCUCACAAAGCUCUCUCUGUACAAUGUAUGCUUCAGUGAACUGGACAUCAAUCGUGUCCUGUUUGACAGCUGCAAGGAACUGAAGCAUCUAUUCCUCAUUUACUGUGAUACUGGCCGUCACACUCUCUGUAAGAUAGAUGCACCAAAUUCAAAACUCAGUGUUUUAGAAAUCCACUUCUGUCGCUUUGAGAUGCUUGAGUUGGUCUGCCUUCCAAAGCUGGAGAAGCUCACAUGGUAUCAUUGGUUGUCUGAAUAUAGCCCUUUGCUGUUGUGUUAUGUCCCAUCUCUUGGGGAAUUAGAACUCUCAUCUGCGUUAACACUAAAGCAUGUACCAUUUAAAUUAAGUGAGGUUCUACAUGGAACCACAAGCAUACAUACUCUGACAUUGGACUUCCAAGGAGAAAAAGUACCACUUUUUUUUUUGUAUUCACUACAUUUGUCACGCCUCUGUAUUUUCUGUGUGGUCAUAUUUAUCCGGGAUAUACCAUGGAUGAGUUUUUGCAUGAUAGAGUACAAAUAGAGCUGUAAAUAAUUCAAGAACCUCCAUACAUGUACUGUUUUCUAUAGAUGCUUUUAAACUGUUUCUUCUUAUUUUGUUUUUAUCUUGUGGUCAGCUUUGGAUGCAACCUGAAAUGAAGCAACUCUGCACCGCAUUCAACAAGCUAAGGAAGCUGUCUGUGUGUGCUAUCUUUGUUGAAUUUGACAUUAUAUGGACGACAGCCUUUCUUGUGGCGGCACCCUCCAUUGAAAUAUUAUGUAUUGAGGUAUGGGACCAUGACACAUGCGGUUGGGACGAAAAUUAUAACAGAAAGUUGCUAUUCGCCGAUAGAAAAAAUCCUGAGUGGGAGAUGGACUCGCACAGCUCCAAGAACUGGCUACUGAAGGAGCUCCAGAUCUCUGGCUUCAGGCCGCUGGAACAGCAGUUUACAUUUAUAAGGGCCUUGCUGGAGCGAGCCCCCAACUUGCAGACGAUUGUCCUGAAAGGAGACAUAGAGUGCGUGUGGGAUUGUGUCGCCCUCACAAGAGAGUCUUUAUUUCCAAAGAGUGAGGCUGAUCAAGAAAUGGUGGUGAGGCGAAUCACAGACGGCAAACCCUUGCCCCGAGUGAUCUUCCAUGAAUGAUCCUGUUUUCUUCGGAUCAUCUUUGUUGUUUAAGCUGCAAGGACUGAGUUGUCUGUAUGACCUGUAUCGUUUUGGGUGUUCAGUCAGACAGUUGGAUAUGGGCCUGUGUAAUGAAUUCAGUGAGAGUGAGAGAUUGGUAUGUGCUAGGAACUAAGGCUGGGUUUCAUUUCGUGAGAAGCACAGCAUGCAUGCAAGUUCAUGUUCAAGUUGAACUUCUGGUGCUAGCUAAGCUAUAUUCUUUCUUUCUUUUGGUUGGUUGCUUGCAUGCUGGGAAAACCAUUAAUCCUGAACUUGUGAUGCCUGCGCUA